AUGGCUGCUCCCCAAAGCUCUGUAGAAGAAUUAGCAGGCCUUCAAACGUACAUCACUGGAACCCGUGAUUCCAAACGCGCCAUCAUUCUACUCUCUGAUGCUUAUGGAUUUGAGGGUAAGAAUUUGAGGCUUGCUGACAAAGUUGCAGAAGCUGGAUUUUUGGUUGUAGUUCCUGAUUUUUUCCGUGGGGAUCCUAUUGAUAGUGGAAAACACUCUGACCGUGCUGAAUGGUUGAGAACUCACACAGCAGAAAAAGGAUGUGAAGAUGCGUUGGCAGUUGUUGAUGCUCUGAAGAGCAAAGGAGUUACUGCAAUUGGGGCUGCAGGAUUUUGCUGGGGUGGAUCAACUGUGUCCAAACUUGCAAAAUUUGACUGCAUUAAGGCUGGAGUUCUGGUGCACCCUAGUACUCUCUUUGCUGAAGAUUUUCAAGAAAUUAAGGUCCCAAUGGCUCUACUAGGAGCUGAGACUGACCAUUUAUGCACUGCUGAACAUUUGACUAAUCUGAACAGCAUUUUAUCUGCAAAACCCGAGGUCGAUAACUUCUUAAAGAUAUACCCGGGAGUUAAACACGGAUGGGCAAUGAUGUACAAAGAUGAGGAUAAAGCUGCCGUAAAGAUGGCUGAAGAAGCUCACUCAGACAUGUUGAACUGGCUGACCAAGGCUCCUCAAGCAACAUUUGCCCAUUGGUUGGCAAAUGAUAAGAAUAUGAAGCAAUCAGAUAUUUCAAAGUUACUAAUAAAUUCUCAGUGA